GGGAAAGGACAGAUAGUGGGAAAUUCAUUCAAAUGAAAAAUUGAAAUUAAUUAAAAAAUAGAGAAAAUCCUAUUCAACUUCAUCGUUGUGCCCAAAGUGUGAACAGAGAAUCAAUCAACAAAUCAACAACCAACAACACAACCACCACCACAGAGAGACUCGGAGAAGGAGGAGCAAUCAGCUAUGUCGCAGGGCAGUGAAGGCGCAGGAGGUGCUGGUGGUGGUGGUGAUGGCGGCGGGCUCGACUUUCAGCUACCGGAGGAGAUCUUAUCGGUAAUACCGACCGAUCCAUACGAUCAGCUGGAUCUGGCGAGAAAGAUCACGUCCAUGGCCAUAGCCUCCAGAGUUUCCAAGCUCGAGUCGGAGAUGGGGAAAAUGAGGCAGAAACUCCAGGACAAAGAUAGGCUUGUAUUUGAGCUUGAGGAAAGGCUCUCGCGCCUCCAACAUGCAAACCACGAGGCUGACUCCCGCUUGAGAAUUGCCCUGGAUGAGAAUGUGAAGCUUUCCAAAGAACGAGAUUCACUGGCAGUGACUGCAAAAAAGCUCAACCGUGACUUGGCAAAGUUGGAGACAUUUAAGAGACAACUAAUGCAGUCUCUAAAUGAUGAUAAUGCAUCCCCAACUGAAACUGUUGAUAUUGGCACAUGUGACCAAUCAGUUCCAAAGGCAUAUCCUGAUAAGGAUGAGGAGACAAAUGGCUACACACUACAAUAUUCCUCAAGUGGUUCCACAGAUAAGGGGAACACAACUGAUGAAGCCUUGAAGACUUCCGGGCAAAGAUUUUCUGUGACUCCAUAUAUCACACCGCAUCUUACUCCAACUGGAACUCCAAAGAUUAUUUCCACAAGUGGGUCACCUAGAGGGUAUUCUGCUAUUUCAUCUCCUCUGCAAUCCUCUGGUGCCACAUCUCCCACAAAACCCCACUAUGAAGGACGGACGUCACUGUCUUCAUGGUACUCAUCAAGCCAGCAGUCAUCAGCAGCAAACUCUCCACCUCGCGGACGUCCACUUCCAGGGCGCACUCCUCGAAUUGAUGGAAAGGAGUUCUUUCGUCAAGCCAGGAGUCGCCUGUCAUAUGAGCAGUUCAGUGCAUUUCUGGCUAACAUCAAGGAACUAAAUGCUCAUAAGCAAACCCGAGAGGAAACUCUAAGGAAAGCGGAAGAGAUAUUUGGGACUGAUAACAAAGAUCUUUAUUUAUCAUUCCAAGGAUUGCUUAACCGCAACAUACACUAGAAUUCAAAGCUUAGUUGCUGGGUACUUAUAAUAAUCGGUUGUGCAAAAGUUGUUCGCAGAUCCUCUUUCUGUGUGUUAGGCUGUGGAUUGAGCUUGUUCUCAGCUGCUUUGGUCCUUUGGAUGGAAGGGCCAUGGCUCGUUCUUCGUGGCAUAUCAUUUUUGAGAUGUAAUCAACAUCAAGUUGAGUUUCAGCAAACUAGAGUAGGGUUUUGUAGGUUUCACAAUGUCAUAGAAUGCAGGUAUGCUGUGUAAAUAAUUGCUUUAUUUUUCAGUCUACCUGCUUGAUUGUUUAAGAUGGAACUAAAUUGACCUUACCUUUCUGCUUUUGUCAAAUGAACCUUGGGACUUCUCCUCAAUGCAUCUCUCCCUCUUUCUCUCUCUUA